CUCAUGCCUGGGCGUGACAACGAGUUCUCUCCGGAGUAUUGGGGCAUUACUGUUUUGGACUUCUCGGGAGGGCAGCUCUGAUUGGCUGCAGUUACAGCUGCCGUUUAUUGGUUAUGGGCAGCUAGGUAACCAGAGGAAACAUUUGGACACUAAUAAGUUACCUAUGUAUGUCAUCGCAGCCACCGUACACCCGUACCAUGCACAGCAAAUCUUUAGUAGAUGAGAAGAGAAAGCAUUUGAAGUCUAAGUCUGGGAAUGAGUAUGACUGUGUUAAUCGGAUUGAUUUUGAUGACAAACACGAUGAGUAUUUACUAGAGCUCCAACAAAAAAACAGGGCGUUGAAUAGUUUCAAAGCAAAGGCUCCUUCACAAGUCAAGUUGCAACAUCUGGAACAAGGAUUUUCUAUAUACAUAAAUGGGGCAAAUGCAGAUUUAAGAAAACAGCAGAGCACACACGAUUUAGCAAGAGUUGGGUCGAAAACGCCGAAAGUGAAAGAUGAAGGGUUCUCUGUUCUUCCUGGGAGGAGGAAUCGUACAGCUCCAGGCAAGAUUCAAAGGAAAGCAUGGAUACAGAGUUCCAUAAAUAUUAAAUCUGAAACUGGAUCUUAUGUUCACAUUGGCCCAAAAGUGAAGUACUCUGAGGAUUUUGAAACUGAUGAGGAGGAGAAUGAUGAUGACAGUACGAAAGUACACUCUCAGCAUGGUAACGAAAGUGACCAGUAUUUUACAGAUUCUGGUGUUAAUGCAAUAGAAGGAACAAGAAAGAAACGGCUGCUUUUAGACGCUGGUGAUGUUAAGACCUUGAGAGAAAGCCUGGAACAGAGUUUAUGUUUUCAACAUGGCAGCAAUGAAAGCUUAGCUGAUGAAUGUGAUUCAAUUGAAGAAGAACUUGAAAGUGAAACACAGGAGGAGCCCAAACCUUUAACUCACUUGAAGUCGAGGCCUUUAGAUGCUGGAUGUCGGCGACUACUUCCAGGGGACUUAGUUGUGCUAGAAUUUAAUGCUGUUGAUAAGAAAGAUGGCAGAAUUCUAUCGGCAAAGCGCAGAGAGAGUGCUGAAGAUUACAUUCCUACAAAGCCUGUCAUAGUGAGAAGCAAAACACAGAAAUUAAAAUCUUCAUCCUCGUUGAAACAAGAGGAAUACUACUCACCUCGACCAGUAAGCCGACAAGUGAGACCACAGUCAGUAACCAGGAAAAGCAUUUUAGAAAGUAUAGAUCCUGAGCAUUCUGCAAAUGAUGUUAUAAAUGCUGUUCAGCAAGAGAAUGAGGCAGUUGGAAGAGCAAGUAGCAGACAAGCGUCUUCCACAGCUUCAGAAAAGAAAGACGGUAUCAUCACUCAAGCCAUUGAAGGAAUUAACCUUCUGGAAUUGAGUCAACAAAAGAAAUUGCUGAAAGUUCUCCAGAACAUUGACACCAAUUCUGCAUCCUAUAAUGAGCCAAAGGAAGACAACCUGAAAUAUAAUUUGCCUGCAGUAAACGAUGCAGUAAACGAUGCAGUAUACAUUACAGUGGAAAUUAUAUCCAAUUGGGGAAAUCCUUACAGCGUGGGUUUAACUGAAGUCCAAUUCUUUGACUUAAAGAAUCAAAAAAUAUAUGUUUCCCCUCAUGAUGUGGACAUUAGGAACACUGAUUUUCCCGGAGACCUUCAUUGUUUGGUUAAUGGAAAAUUUCAGACUACAAAGGAAUGUUUCAUGUGGAUGUGCCCUUUCCACCCUCCUGUGCAGCUUUACUUUGUUAUCCGAAAUCCUACUAGGUCAUGUGAGUUUGACAUAUGCAAGAUGAAGAUUUGGAAUUACAACAAGACGCUCAGUGAUCUGGACAUUGGUGCAAAGCAUGUGAAGAUAUAUAAAAAUAAAACUUUAGUGUUUGAUGGGUUCUUAGAGAAAGGGUGUGGAAACCAAGUGUUUGAUUACAGUAAUACCAUUGACUUAUUAAACAGUCAGAUAAUGACCACCUCCGCACCUCCUCUUAGCCAUAGAGAUACAAUAGAUGAAUUCAAUGAAAACAGCAAUAUGAAUGCUAAUUAUCAGAGUUUUCCACAAUCAAGUUCUUUAGCAAAUUUAAACACAUUACUUAAUACAUCUAAUUCAGUAGUUUCUAUAAAAUGGAAGGAAGAAUCCCAAAACUGCAACUCAAACAAUUCAAGAACUACAGGACUAAAACAAACAGAUUGUGAAGAUGAAGAAAUUGUAGGGAGAAGAAUGAACUCGGCAAUAGAUAAACAUGUAUAUAGUAAUGAGCCUAGUAUAUUGCUCACUAACUCCAUACAGACUGCUAGCGCAGACUUCCAAGCAUCUCUACAACGCUCACAGACUCCAUCUGAUCAUGACGAAUUAGCAAUAAUGCAACACCUGGAAAAACUUAAUGUAAGAAAAGACAAUGAGUCCUCAAGUAAAAUCCCUCAGUGGUUAGCUUCUUCUUCCUCUUCAUCCCUCUCAAACCUUCAACAGACAAUGCAUGAUAAAGAUAAUGCAAAGCAUCUACAUUGUAUUACUACUCUUUCUAUCAGUAAGGACUCUUCUAGAAAUGAAAAUAAUAUAUUUAGUAACCAUCUCAUAGAUGAAUUUCCUAAAAGCCCCAAAACAGAACUGAGGCAUCUAGGCAACAGUGAAAACAAAACAAGCCUUUCAACCAUAUUGUCUAGGAAAGCAUGUGAUGAUUUAGAAGACAGGAACACCAAGCUUUUUUCUGACCCUGAACGUCCAGUCAGUGGUAGACGGAAAGCUACAAAAUUCAAAGAGUUGGAAAGUGAACAAUCUAAAGAUCCGAGCUACCCAUCGACAAGUAAUCAAGGAACCACACAAACCAGACCAAGGUGGGUCUGUAAUCAAGAAAAUAAACUGAUGGAAUCAUGGACUUCUUUGCGGAAAUUCAAUCAGUCUCACCGAGGUCGAAUAUCUAACAUGGAAUUUGAAGGAGAUAUUUUUGAUGAGUUUAUGCAACAGCAAAAAACAGGAAAACAAAGUGUAACAGCAAGAAAAUGCUGUGAGCUGCCUAAUGCAGGAGAUGUAAACAUGGUAGAAAAUGACAAAGAUGAUGGCAAUGACUUUGAGAUACCAGUUUUGCCAUACGGGCAACAUCUGUGUUUUAAAAUAGCAUCUACUUGGGGUGACAGGCACUACGUUGGCCUGAAUGGAAUAGAAAUCUUUUCGUCUACUGGCAACCCAGUUCAAAUAGCGAAGAUUGAAGCAGAUCCUCCAAAUAUAAAUGUCUUGCCAGCAUAUGGCAAAGACCCUAGAGUUGUGACAAAUCUCAUUGAUGGCGUAAACAAGACUCAGGAUGAUAUGCAUCUCUGGCUUGCACCAUUUACUCCUGGAAUUAUUCACUUUAUUUACUUAGAUUUUACAUAUCCUUGUAAGGUGGCCAUGAUUAGAAUUUGGAAUUAUAAUAAAUCUAGAAUACAUUCAUUUCGUGGCAUAAAAGACAUUGAAAUAGUUUUAGAUGACACUGCAAUCUUCAAAGGAGAAAUUGCUAAGGCUUCUGGUACACUUUCUGGAGUUGCAGAACAGUUUGGCGAUACAAUUUUGUUUACAACUGAUGAUGACAUACUGCAGGCAAUGUCUGUUUAUGAUGAAACAUUUGAUGAGGAGUUUGAGAGCACAGAUCUUCAAAUAGAUGACGAAAACUUCAAUAUCCGCCCAAGGACGGCAGACGGUGGCGAUGAGGAAAGGCCUUUCACACAGGCAGGCUCCAGUGAGAAACUGCCGAUUUCUGAUCAGAGAUAUCCAGCAUGUUUUCCCUUGAAUCUUGCCAAUAAUAUGCCUGGUGUUUACGGUUGUAAAUUUCUCCAGUUAAAUUUUACAAUGACAUGGGGGGAUCUGCAUUACCUUGGCCUUACAGGGCUGGAAAUUGUGGGACUAGACGGUGAAGCACUGCCUCUCACCUUGAAUAUUAUAUCGGCAUCACCUCCAGAUCUCAGUGUGCUUCCUGAGUACCAAGAUGACAGCAGAACUUUAGAUAAGCUUAUUGAUGGUGUGAACAUAACCAGUGAAGAUUCUCACAUGUGGCUCAUCCCAUUUACCUGUGGAGAAAAUCACACAAUCACAAUCAAUUUUGAUGAUACUAAACCUAUUGCAGGACUUAGGUUUUGGAAUUACAAUAAGUCUCCCGAAGACACAUAUAGAGGGGCUAAAAUUGUCCAUGUAACACUUGAUGGAAUCUGCAUUUCUCCACCUGAAGGAUUUCUGAUCCGGAAGGGUCCUGGCAACUGUCACUUUGAUUUUGCUCAAGAGAUUCUUUUUGUUGACUAUGUUAAAGAACAUCAGGGUAAUAAACAAUCAAGUUAUUCAAAGUGCAUGGAGCCUGCUACAAUGGAUUAUGAAGCACCUUUGAUGCCUUGUGGGUUUAUCUUUCAGUUUCAACUUCUCACCAGCUGGGGAGAUCCUUAUUACAUUGGGUUGAAUGGUCUUGAGAUGUACAACGAACAUGGAGAAAAAAUCCACCUAACAGAGAACAAUAUUGCUGCAUUUCCAGAAAGUGUAAAUGUUUUAGAAGAUGUUUGUGGAGAUGUGAGAACACCGGACAAGCUUAUUGACAAUGUAAAUGAUACCAGUGAUGGCAGACACGCAUGGCUCUCUCCAAUUCUCCCUGGUGUGGUCAAUCGAAUUUAUGUUGUUUUUGAUCAACCAACCAAAGUGUCUAUGAUCAAACUAUGGAAUUAUGCUAAAACCCCACUAAGAGGAGUAAAAGAGUUUGGCCUCCUUGUGGAUGACCUGCUUGUGUACAAUGGGAUUUUAAAUCUAGUCCGUCACAUCGCUCGUGGGAUUCUGCCAACAUGUGAUCCUGUGAUAUCUUAUCAUACCAUCCUCUUUGCAAAUGAUAGAAAAAUAUCAGAAGCUGAUAGACGAACCACUGUUAGUAACCAUGUAGAAGACCAAGAUGUGAAAAUGAUGAAUGAUAAUAAAAUAGUUGUCAGCGUUAAGAAGAACCAAACUGCUGAUCCAGCAUUACGUCCAAAAACCUGUAUAACUGACAAAGAAAAAGGGAGAAUAAGAAGAUUCUGACAAGAAUAUUUAACCUUGAAAAACUUGCCAUAGUUAUUUAUUUAACAAAGGCCCUCAUUCCGAGUUGUUCGCUCGCAAGCUGCUUUUAGCAGCAUUGCACACGCUAAGCCGCCUCCUACUGGGAGUGAAUCUUAGCUUAGCAGAAUUGCGACCGAAUGAUUCUCAAAAUUGCGAAUAGAAAUUUCUAAGCAGUUUCUGAGUAGCUCGACACUUACUCUGCCACUGCGAUCAGUUCAGUCAGUUUCAUUCCUGGUUUGACGUCACAAACACACCCAGCGUUCGCCCAGACACUCCCCCGUUUCUCCAGCCACUCCCACGUUUUUCCCAGAAACUGCAGCGUUUUUUCACACACUCCCAUAAAACGUCCAGUUUCCGCCCAGAAACACCCAUUUCCUGUCAAUCACACUCCGAUCACCAGAACGAAGAAAAAUCCUCGUAAUGCCGUGAGUAUAAUACCAAACUUCUUAGCAAAUUUACUUGGCGCAGCCGCAGUGCGAACAUUGCGCAUGCGCAGUUUGCGGAAAAUCGCUGCGAUGCGAUGAAAAAUAACGAGCGAACAACUUGGAAUAAGGGCCAAAGUGUUUACAAAAAUGUAAUAGUUCAUGUUAAAAUGUUUUUUACUGUUCAAAAAUAAACGGAAUUUUUCAAAUUA